CGUCGAUCGAGUAAGACGCGUCGUUCCCCAAAACUCUACCAGCGCCCUCAACAGUGUUGCGACAAACAAAAACAAACUUAGAAAGUAAAGAAAUAACACGGACCGAUAAGGCACCGAUCGAGCAUCAAAAACAACAUUUUGCGGAAGAAGGAACGUCUGUGGGAUUUUCGUGUCAAUGGAAAAUUGAUUUCCUGCCGCGUUACACCGCAGCCGGAAUAGCAGUUUUUGCCGUCGAUUGUGUCUUUUCGCUAUUGGCGACGCCUGCGAGCAAGACGACGCUUCGCCACCUACACGACAACACACACAAAAAAAAACGGGGGAAACGCUUUGACAGAUAAAAAAAAAAAAGAAAAAAGAAAAAAAGAUCGGAACGAACACAAAGAAAUUUUGUUUUAUACCAACAGCAAAGACACAUUUAAAAAAGAAACAUGUCGGUUGACGUUUCGGACGAAUCAUCCAUCACGGCAGAGUGGUUAGAGAGCAUCCUCCAUCUCUACUACAGCACCAACGGACGCGACUUGCUCGACGGACCCAAAGAUGACGACGAUGAUGGAGAUGUUGGCCGAAAAGACGAGCCGGCCCAAACCGUCAGAGUCAACCAAUUUCACGUCCGGCCGGGAUGCGAAGAAGGCGAGAACUUACUGAGCGAUCUGCUGGCCAUCGACGUCACCGUCUGCCGCAACGGAUCCAUGCCCGAAGAGGAACUGCAUCUGAUGGCCAAACUGUUGUCGCAGGAUCCGUUUUGUCGCCAUUUUAUUCUAGAGGCCGGCUUCGACGUCAGGGAGAUCCACUUCUACACGACGCUGAUGCCGGCCCUGACUCAAUUCUGCGGCGGCGAGUCCAGCACCGACCCUUGGCCCGUCCCGUCUUGUUUCUACGCCAAAUAUCGACAGGGCAGCGACUCGGUCCUCGUCCUGGCCAACAUGAAAGCCUCCGGUUUUCUCGUGACGGAAUUCCACCUCGGCCUGGAGCUGGACGAGGCCGUAGCGGCCGUUCAAUCCAUCGCGCGCAUACACGCGUCCGUCUUAGCCUAUCGAUUGAGACUGGGGGUCGACCUAGGACAGGCUUUCCCCUUUCUCUUCCGUCCGGAAGCGGCGGCCGAAUCGUACCAGCAAUUGCUGGAACGCGGUCUGCCUCAGUUGGCGACUUUCCUGCACACCAGCGCCGUCGACCAGCCGGAACUUCACGCCGUGCUGGCCAAACUGCACAAGAUGAGGCCGAGGGCCCGCGAAACGAUCGCCAAUCUACUGAGGCCGGCCAGCCCGAUCGCCACGUUGACUCACACCGAUUUCUGGUGCAACAAUCUCCUGUUCCGUCGCAAAACGACAGACGGCGCCACGGCCGCUGCUGGCCACGACCAGAGAGACAAUAGCCAAGCCGGGCCGGUCGAGUGCUCCAUCCUCGACUGGCAGAUGGCCACUUACAGCCGUCCGACAAACGAUCUAGCUCUAUUGCUCGUCACUUCAGUGGCCGGCGAAGUGCGCCGCACGCGAACCGGACACAUCCUCGACGCUUAUUGGAAUCGAUUCUGCGAGACGACCACCUCGCUCGGCUUGGACGUCGAGGGCCAACUCAAUUACGGACGGAUUGAGCUCGAAACGGAAUUCCAGCAAUCGCUUUUGCUGGCCGUCCUGCUGGGUAUCGGCUCCGUCGACUUGGCCAUCGGGCACCAAGCGACCGAAGAGCGACUCUGCGAGGUUCUCAUCGACCUCAGCAACGAGAAAGUCUUUUAAAAAACGGCGAAAACAAAUAAAAAAUAAACUAUAAUUUCUAUCGCUCCUUGUUUCUUUCCUUUUCGCUUCCAAUUUUCUUUCAUUUUUGUUACUGUGGCUUCGCUCCCUACCCUCCUCCCUUUCUCUCUUGUG